ACAUAAACUUGCAACAACAAAAAUUUGUUACAAACAAUCCAGACGGAAGUUCACAGCUCAACCAAUCAUUUCAUCUUCUUCAAUCAUAUCAAUGUAACUCAAGCAAUUCACCUGCAACAAAUUUUUCCAAAAAUAAUCAUUGCCCUCUUCAUAAUCAUCAUCAAUUUUCUUUCUACUUCUAGAAUAAUCCACAAAAAGAAAAAAAGAUACAAAGAAAAAACUGAAUUGUCAAAUACAACUCACAAAAAGAUUGUUUCCUAUCUAUGCAAAGUUCUUGCCUUUAAGGCACUUCAACUCCCUUUUUCAAUUUCAAUUCCUUUUCUUCUACCAAAAAUUUCCAACCCCAUAUAGAUUUUUCAACUUUUUAAGGCUUUAAAUUUCCCUUGGUCGAAAAAGCUAUUGAUAUUUUAAAAAUAUGUCAGAUCCAAAUGAUCAUAAGUUAACAGGUUUACCAACACCAACAGCACCUCCGGGCACCGGAGAUACUGAGAGCCAGACUCCGGUGCCCGGAAAUACGGGCAGCGAGACUCCGGUGCCUGGUGGCACCGGGGUGGGACCUAUCGUCGAGAGAUGGAAGAGAGAAGAUUUGUUGAAGAAGGGUUGUAUGGGGUUGCGUUGUAUUGGUUUGGUUUUCUCAUUGCUUGCUUUUAUUAUCAUGGCUAGCAAUAAGCAUGGGGAUUGGAGAGAUUUUGAUAAAUAUGAAGAAUAUAGGUAUGUGCUAGCUAUAGCAAUUCUAUCCACAUUGUAUACAGGAUUGCUGGUGCUGAGACACGUUCAUGAACUUUCAACUAACAACGAAACAUUUUCGCGGCAGAAUUUAGCUUUGCUAGAAUUUUUUGGUGAUCAGUUGAUGGCAUACUUGUUAUUAUCAGCUGCUUCAUCUGCUGUACCACUGACAAAUAGAAUGAGAGAAAAUAAUGACAAUAUAUUCACAGAUUCUUCAGCAUCAGCAAUUGGCAUGGAGUUCGUCGCAUUUCUAGCUCUGGCAGUGUCAGCUAUCAUUUCUGGAUAUAAACUUUCAAACCAAACCUACAUCUGAUAAGGAUAAUAAAACAUAAAGUUUUAUUGAUAAUUCUUUUGUUUCUCUAGAUUUCCUUCAUUUGUUACUAAACCACCACAUUCUUCCCUUGUAUAUCAUUUGCGUCUAAGCAAGAAAGACCUUCACUGUUUAUACGGAACCUGUACGUAAGAAAUCACAGUACAAAUUUAUCUGUUUGUAUAGACCCUUUGUUCAUUGGAGAAGUCCUCUUUCUGUGGUUAAAUAUCUAUAACAAUUUGUUGAGGAGUAGAAA